GAACUACUUCCAUCUGACAAGUACAACAACUCGGGCAAGUUCAUCAGCAGCCAACUUUUCCAUCACUUCAGUAUUGGGUCUCCAUGUAUGAGUGGACCGUGCCAGAACGGUGGAACUUGCGUUUCAAUUUAUGAGAAAAACAGCUUUGUGUGCCUUUGUGCAAAAGGAUACACAGGAAGUAUUUGCCAAACAGUUUCCAAAGGCUGUGCUGACAGUUACAAAUCUGGAGAAAAGACAAACGGUGUUUAUACGAUCAACCCAGAUGGUACAGGGAUCAUUAAAGUGUUCUGUGACCAAACAACAGCCGGAGGAGGGUGGUUAGUAUUCCAGAAGAGACUGGACGGUUCGGUGGAUUUCUACCGAGGCUGGAACCAGUACAAACGUGGCUUUGGAUCUCCGACUGGUGAAUUUUGGCUCGGGCUUGACAACAUACAUCGUCUGACUAGCAGUGGAAGUUACAAGCUUCGCGUUGAUCUGGAAGACUUCGCAGGGAACACCUAUUACGCCGAAUACGAUUUCUUUAAAGUGGCGAGUGAGGGAGAGAAAUACAAACUGAGCGUGGGAAGCUACUCAGGAACUGCUGGAGAUAAGCUGACUUAUCAUAAUGGCCAAAAAUUCUCUACAAAAGAUCAGGAUAACGACAUAUCUACAGUUAACUGUGCCGCAGUAAAUCUAAUAAGAGGAGCCUGGUGGUACGGUGACUGUAAACUGAGCAACCUAAAUGGUGUCUAUCGGAACGGAGCGGACAAUGGUACUAUGGUAUGGGAUAACAUUUACCCCAUUAAGAGAGCAGAAAUGAAGAUCAGGCCGGUGGAUUUUUAGAAUAAGCACUUUAGGUGAAACCCUUUUUCUUACUCCCCUGUUCUUAAUCUUAGUAAGACUCAUUGUCCCUGACCGUAUUUAGCUAGUCCUAGUCCUAGACAAAUAGGCGGAAAAUGGCGGAACUGUUUUGUCUAGGGAGAAGAUAAAGACGUCGUAUUACUCGCGCUAUUUAUGCAGAAGUUUCAUGCACUUCAUUAAUAUCAACUAAGUUAGUCCAACGGGCAAAUACUUGCAACAAAAAGCAUUCAGUCGGAUUGCUUCGUGCAAGGGACUGUGACGCAACGGAUCUGUUGGCACGAAUUUUACGAUAUGUUUGGGAUCUAUUUGGUAUACAUAUUUGUUCAUUUUGGCACUUACUGGCAUUUACUCAAGCGACUUUUAUUCAUAUUUGAACAACACGGCAUUUCAUUUAUUCACAAUUUUCUCCUGCCAUCGAUAUAACUAAUUAUGACGGGACAUAUUCCCUGAUAGUCUUUUAGUAUGUCGGUUUGCUUGUGGGAGAGGAGUUUCCUAUUUUUAUUAUUUUGGGCUCGUUUUUUGAGGGAUUGAAUACAUUAAGGGUGUUUAUCAUAAUCAAAUCUUGAUAUGGGGUAAACAAUUGACAAGGGAUCGUUUUAGGGACUUAUCGCGAAAAUUACCAAAGGGUUAAUAAACCACCUGGAAACGAAAUAUGUUCUUUUACAAAAAGUUCUAAGCCCUGUUCAUUGAUAAUUGAACCGGCAAUCGAAUGUUAAAGGUAAAGGAAACAUCAAAAAAUGCUAAUAUAUAGCUUUGGAAAGAAGUUUGGUUUUUGUGGUUUAUUUACUUUUGGAUAACUGAUAACAUUUAUUUAGCACACUUUUAUCGACACUUUGAGAGCCCGAUGUGUUUAUGGUAGCUGACUGCGUUUCGGUAGCUUUUCAAUAUAUAUAUCUGUUUUGGCUUACAAAAGAGCCUUCUUCGGCCCCGUACCUAUAGA